AUGACUCGAAAUGAAGAAAUAACUCACUGCUGCCGCGCUGACCCUCCCUGGGCUCUGGAGGUGGCCGCCUUCCCGCGAGGCCUCGACGGCGGUUCUCCAAAACCCUGGCUUCUCUUCAACACCGGAGCCGGGCAGCACAUCCUGAAGAACCCCCUCGUCGUCAACAGCAUCAUCGAGAAGGCUGCCUUACGACGUACGGAUGUCAUUCUGGAAGUAGGCCCUGGAACUGGUAACCUGACAGUGAAAAUGCUAGAGAAAGUAAAAAAAGUUAUAGCCUGUGAAAUUGACCCUAGACUUGUGGGUGAACUUCAGAAGAGAGUGCAGGGCACGUGUCUGGCAAACAAACUGGAAAUCAAGGUUGGAGAUGUUUUGAAAACAGAUUUACCAUUCUUUGAUGCAUGUGUAGCUAACUUGCCUUAUCAGAUUUCUUCGCCUUUUGUUUUCAAGUUGUUGCUUCACAGACCUUUCUUCAGGUGUGCGAUACUUAUGUUUCAAAGAGAAUUUGCACUUCGUUUGGUUGCAAAACCGGGGACUAAACUCUACUGCAGACUCUCUAUUAAUACUCAGUUAUUAGCUCGUGUGGAUCAUCUGAUGAAGGUUGGAAAGAACAACUUCAGGCCCCCUCCUAAAGUUGAAUCCAGUGUUGUCAGGAUAGAGCCAAAGAACCCACCACCACCUAUCAACUUUCAGGAAUGGGAUGGUCUGGUAAGGAUAGCCUUUGUUAGGAAAAACAAGACACUGUCCGCAGCAUUCAAAUCAAGUGCAGUAGAGCAGUUGUUGGAUCAUAAUUACCGAAUUCAUUGUUCCUUACAUAAUACAGAAAUACCAGAAAAUUUCAAAAUUGCAGAGAAAAUCCAGACAGUCUUAAAAAAUACAGGUUACUCUGAAAAACGUGCCCGUUCAAUGGAUAUAGAUGACUUUAUUAGACUUCUUCAUGGCUUCAAUGCAGAAGGCAUCCAUUUCUCAUAAGUCGUCUCAGAAGAAUG